AGACAAAUUUGAUCAUUUUUGGUUUUUUUCCAGCGUUGUCGUCUCCGACUUCUCCACUUCUUCUUCUUCUCUGUACAAUACAAAUAAAUUGGAAGGAGACGGUGAAGAAGCUCUCAACUCUUUACAGGAGAAUCUGCUUAGAACAACAUUUUCUUCCUAAGAGAAUUCUAUGGCGAAUUCCGGCGUAGAGAAGUUGAAGCUCUACUCUUACUGGAGAAGCUCGUGUGCUCAUCGCGUCCGUAUCGCCCUCGCUUUAAAAGGGCUUGAUUAUGAGUAUAUACCAGUGAAUUUGCUCAAAGGGGAUCAAUUCGAUCCAGUUUAUCGUUUUGAUCUUCAAGAUUUCAAGAAGAUCAAUCCAAUGGGUACUGUACCAGCUCUUGUUGAUGGAGACGUUGUCAUUAAUGAUUCUUUCGCCAUUAUAAUGUAUCUGGAUGAGAAGUAUCCUGAGCCACCUCUGUUACCUCGUGACCUCCACAAACGGGCGGUUAAUUACCAGGCGAUGAGUAUUGUCUUGUCUGGCAUACAGCCUCAUCAAAAUCUGCCUGUUAUUAGGCUUAUCGAGGAAAAGAUAAAUGCUGAGGAGAAAACUGUUUGGGUUAAUAAUGCAAUCACCAAAGGGUUCACAGCUCUUGAGAAGCAGUUGGUGAGUUGUGCUGGGAAACAUGCCACUGGUGAUGAAAUUUACCUGGCUGAUCUCUUUCUAGCACCACAGAUCCACGGAGCAAUCAACAGAUUCCAGAUUAACAUGGAACCUUACCCAACUCUUGCAAAGUGUUACGAGUCAUACAAUGAUCUUCCUGCUUUUCAAAAUGCUGUUCCAGAGAAGCAGCCAGAUGCUCCUUCCACCAACUGAUUCUGUGAACCGUAAGCUGCUCUCAGCUCAAUAGUCAAUAAAACCUCGCAGUCAACAACAACAAUGAUAAUAAUAAUUACUUGUAUUCAUAUAUGUUAUAGUACUUCUUAGAUCCUCUACUUGUAUUAUACAAUAAAGGUCUUAAGAGUUUGAAAUUUGCAAAGAUAACUAGUACAUUCUCAGA